AUGAGGGUGGUGCCCGGCGCCAGUGACCUGCAGCUCCGCUCCCUGCUGUCCCCUCUGCCUCCAGCAGCACCUGUGCUGGGGGACAGGCGGGACAGGAUGGGACAGAAAAUGUUUUGGGAUGCCUACUAUGGUGGCCGGAGGUGCUCAUCGAGCCCCUGCCAGCACAACGGCGUGUGCGAGGACAGCAUUCGCAGCUACACCUGCACCUGUGCCGAGGGCUACGAGGGAGAGAACUGUGCUUUCGCUAAAAAUGAAUGUCGCCACCAAGCAAAAGAAGGAUGUCACCACUUCUGCUACCCGGGAAGUAAUUCCUACCGUUGUUCCUGUGCUGAUGGCUAUGAGCUCGGGAAGGACAAAAAACAGUGCAUCGCGUUAGAUCAAUGUGCAUGUGGGAGACUACGAGACAGUGAUAAUCUGAUAAGUGAAACCAGGAAGAAACGUGACGAGCGAUUUCCUUGGCAGGUCCUGCUGCUAGACUCGGAAGGGAAGGGCUUCUGUGGAGGAGUGCUGCUGAAGAGUAAUUUUGUACUGACUACAGCAGAGUGCGCCCUUCUGCACAGCCAGUUUGAAAUCAGGGUCGGUGCUGGGCGUAAUGGAACAAGUGGAACUGAGAAGAUCAUGCAAGUUAAUGAGAAACACAUACACAUCCGGUAUGAUGAAGACACUGGUGAGAACAACAUUGCAUUACUACAACUCCAAGAGCACAUUGAGUGCAACAACCACCAGCUUCCUGUAUGCAUCCCUGAAAGAGACUUUGCAGAACACAUUUUAAUUCCAAAAUUGGCUGGCACAGUCAGUGGCUGGAGAAUGGAUGGUGAUGAACUUCAAGGUGAUGAGUUGCAGGUUUCAUACCUUCCUACUGAGGACUGCAAACAAAUACUCAACAUAAGCCUCACAAACAGGCAGUUUUGUGGACACCUCCAGGAGGCCGUAGACAAACGACUGGCUGGAGGAAGCUUUCUAGCUACUGAGUAUAAGGGCACUUGGUUUCUGACUGGUAUCCUGGGAUCUUGGCCACUAGAAGACGCUGACUGGGAAACAUUUCUAUUCACUAACACCGCGAGGUAUAUGAUAUGGUUUAAACAAAAAAUUAAAUAAGACACAAACACAACCAACCCCCCCAGCACCAACCCUCUACCAAUCACUUCAAGGAAACAUUUGGAUGCAGCCAGUACACCCAUUUGACUCUCUAUCACAAUCUGCAGCAAUGGAAGUUGCAACAAUAAUACGUAUGUAACUCCAAUUCAUACGGAAAA